AUGUCUUGGAGCCGCGCUGCUCCCUCCUCCAUGUCGCGCGCAGCGCCUUGGCUCAAGCGCCGCCGGCCCAGAGCAGCCGGCGCGGCCCGCGCCUCCGCGCACCCGUGGGCGCUGAUGCCUGGCCGCUGCGCGUGCAGGCCGGCGCCCACGCGAGGCGCCAUGCUGGAGUUCGUUUUGGACGCCGUGGGCGACCACGGCCAGGGCGGCGGCGUCACCGCGGCCGAGGAGUCGGCCGCCUACAACGCGGUCGACCACGUGGAGAGGCGAGCGGACAGGAACCUCGAGGCAAGCAACGCGGCCACCGCGGCGCACAUCGGGGCGCUGUCCGACCGGUUGGCCAAGAUGGAGAGGAGCGUGCACGAGUCCCAGGCGUGGCACCCCGCGGCGGACGCCGGCGGCACGCUGGCGCCGUCGACGGACGAGGACAUGGGGUCCUUGCCCGCCGUGCCCGAGGAGGGCGACGACUACGGCGCCGAGGCGAAGACGGAUCCCGAUAAGCAGCAGGCCGCCUACGCUGAUUUCCUUGACACGACCCGGAGGAACAUCGACUGCGUCGGUGUGCACGCCUGGGGCAUGUCCGCCGCCACGCGGCAGGGCGCCACGUGCGGCGGCGCGUGCUGCGCCCUGAUGCCGUCUGCCCUGCUCCUGCUGCUCCAGGCCAUCGUGCUCCACUCCGUCAGCCUCGAGGCCCUGAACCCCACCUGCGUCCGCAACGAGGACUGCCGGUCGGGAACCUGA